CCCGCCUACAGAAUCUUUUUUCUCGAGGAACCCACAUGUUUAUUUCGUCCCAGUGUGGGUGUUGGUUUCAGAGUGGAGCUCAGCUGUUGUCGCCCUCUGCGCCGUUGUGGUUUGGCGAUCCACGUGCGGACUUCUUGCUCGAUCGCAACGAUAACACCAUGCGGAAGGAUUGUGAGGAAUGUGAGUAUUACAUCGUAUGCAAGAACUGCAGCCACUUGAAGUUGCAGAGCGAAGAGAUGAUUCCUUGCAAGCGCUACAAUGGGGUCUACAUCUUGUAAAUGUCGACUAGUUUUCUCAACAGUGAAAGAAUCGGUUAAGAUAGUGGUGUCAUGAGUGCAACUAAAGCAGGAGAACUUGAGGAGCUGGGAAGCCAAUAUGGUGAAGGGUACACCAAACAUUCGCUCCUUCUUUCAAUCGAAGAAGGAGUCUCCGUCCAAAGCCAGUGAGAGUGCGAACAAUGUCGUCACCUCGCCAGGACGCCCCCCUCUCUCCUCCUCAACCUCGGCACGAAGCAAUGUGAGCAAUUUCCAGUCGAGGCUCGAUGGACGUUACUCACAAUUGAAGAGGAAAGGACGAUUUGCAGAAAAUGACCUAUUCGAGCACUUGAACAGUGCUGAUGAAUCCCAUGUCGGAUGUUCAUCGACCAACGCGAGCAGUCCUGAAAGGUUUAGCAUCUCACACGAUAAUCCAGUGAGGAACAAGUCCAGGAUUAGUCAAUUUAGCCCUUGCACGCGCCUGCCCUUGAGCUCAACUACUAGCAAAAACGUGCAAGGACCGCACACAACAGGUGUUUAUGAGUAUCUCUCGCGGACGCCGUCAAUUCAAAGCUCACUGGCAUCAAGCAGUGAUGAAGAAGGCACCACUACCGAAGACUCUGCUCCCUCCUCCAGAUACGCUAGCGAUGCUGAAAAUGUUUGCCCAUCAAGGCAACUGUCUGCUAGACAGCAAGAAGGGCUUAGAAGAAUGUCUCUUGGGCCGAAGAUUGAAUCUGCAGCUAGUACUCCAAAGAAAACUCCCACAAAGCCUUCUAGGUCUGGUCGCAAUGGUGCUCCUUGUGCCAGUCCCAGCAGUGUACGAGCCGGUGGUCAAAGAUCACUUGUACCUUUACCGCCUAGCUUGAAGGAAUGUGCUAGCCAAGCACAAGCCUACUUUGACCUCGAAGAGAAAGUGUCCUUUUGGGAUGACCACAAUGUGCAGGUUGUCGUCAGAACUCGACCGAUUAGUACCAAGGAGGCCACUAAGCAAGACGUCGCCAGAUGUUUGAGGCAAGAGAGUGCUCACGCUAUCACAUGGUUGGGCCAGCCCGAGACACGCUUCACCUUCGAUCAUGUUGCCGGUGAAAAUAUUUCCCAGGAGAAGCUGUUUGAGGUGGUUGGAUUGCCGAUAGUGGAAAAUUGUAUGGCUGGCUACAACAGCUGCAUGUUUGCCUAUGGCCAGACCGGGAGCGGGAAGACUCACACUAUGCUUGGAGAUGUUACAGAUCUAGGGCAUAAACCUAGUGACAAUCGUGGCAUGACACCUCGGAUCUUUGAGUACUUGUUUUCGAAAAUUCGAAAGGAAGAACAACACAAGCAGCUCGAGCAGCUAGAAUAUGUUUGCAGGUGCUCCUUUUUAGAAAUUUACAACGAACAGAUUACAGAUCUUUUGGAGCCUUCUUCUACGAAUCUUCAUAUGCGAGAGGACUCGAAAAAGGGAGUAUACGUGGAGAAUCUUACAGAGAUAGUAGUCCGUAGUGUACAGGAUGUGGUGGUGCUGCUUCUGAAGGGAGCUGCCAACAGAAAAGUUGCCUCAACGAUCAUGAACCGUGAGAGCAGCCGCUCGCAUAGUGUGUUCACCUGCACCAUAGAAAGCAAGUGGGUAACCAAUUCUAUGAGCAAUAUGCGGUUUGGGCGAUUGAACCUGGUGGAUCUAGCAGGAUCGGAACGGCAGAAAUCCUCUGGGACAGAGAGGGAUCGGCUCAAGGAGGCUGCCAGCAUCAACAAGUCGCUCUCCACUCUUGGGUUGGUGAUAAUGAUAUUGGUGGACAUUGCAAAUGGAAAGCAGCGUCACGUUCCAUACCGCGACUCGAAGCUUACUUUUCUUCUCCAGGACUCUUUAGGAGGUAACUCAAAGACUGCUAUUAUAGCAACAAUCAGUCCCUCCAGCUGUUGCACAAUGGAGACUCUGAGCACGCUGAAGUUUGCCCAACGUGCAAAAUUUAUUCAGAACAAUGCUGUUGUCAAUGAAGACGCAUCCGGAGAACUCUUGGCUCUCAAACGUGAGAUUCAGCAACUGAAGGAAGAAGUGAGCAGAUUGCGGUGCCUGAGUAUCACAAGCAUGCGGCGGGAAUGCGGACGGGAAAGCACUGAGUUCUUUCGGAUGUCGAUGAGAGGAAAAGAUCUAUUUGAUGGCGCAGAGAAAGAGGUUGAGAAUGAACGUGUGGACUUGAAGCCGUCUCAGUUACUUGAGGAGAUAAAGGCGCUGAAAGCGGGUCUAAUUGGAGCUUUGAGGCGAGGGCAGGCUGCUGAGAUAGUCAUUAAACAGCUCUCCACUAAUAUUGACAAAGCCCACAUAUCGAUUGAGGACUGUGAAACUGAAUCAAGGGCAUCCUCUAAAUCAGGGCAACACACAACAAUGGCUGAUAAGCUUCAAACUGCUGAAGGGCUUGGUCACAAGGCUCAAGCUACAGAAUUAGAGUCAGGGGACCCUCUCCAAUUGCAAAGUUAUCAAACUUUCUUUGAUGUUGGGGAGGAAGAAAUGACGGCCACAGAAAUUCGAUGCCUACGUGACCAGGUCCUAAGUCUUCACGAUGAGAAAUUGGCUAUGGAGCAAGACAUGCUAUCAACAGCGAUCGCAAAGGACAAUGGAAACCGUAAGGAAUUGGAAACGUGUCGCAACGACUUGACCAAAUGCUUAGAGGCAAGUUCUCAGUUGCAAAAACAAGUGGAUGAGCUACAGGGGCUAGUCAAGCAGCUGACGGAGCAAUGUGCUGAGAAGGACGAAGAGUUAAACAAGGUGAAGGAAUCAGCAGAGAAGCAUUUGCGCCUGAUGAAAUCGAAGGAAGAGGAGAUCAAAGAUUUGCAGUCAGCAUGGGAUGCUGCCACUGCGAAAUUGUAUCAGAAUCUUUUGGAAGGAGAACAAGCCCUCGUUGAAGCUGGGCAAGAGCUUAGCGAGAUUAUGAAAGAAGAAUCUCCGCGCUGGUCACUUGAGCCUGACAAAUCAGUGAAGGUAGUGGAUACAGAACACGAUUACUUCAGGGGCCGGGGUUCAUGUAACAUGGAUGAGAUAUUCGAAGAGAAGCGACACCCUAGGAUGACUAGGAGUUUCGGUCUUUCUCCACGAGUGUCGUUAAUCAGCACUGAGGAGAAGCUGAAACUGGAGGCAACUGUUGCUCGUCUUAAACAUGAGCUCGAAGAGCACAAACAACAGGUUACGGAAGAGAAGGGUAUCCACGAAGAGUUUCAGAGAGUAACGAAGGAAAAUCUUGGCUUAAAGGAGGAGAUAGAAGCUAUGGCUUUGGUGCAGGAGGAGCUCCGCAUGAAUCUGAGCACUAUUCACGUGAAAUUUGACACAAUUAGCCAGAAGGUCGAGGAGUCGAACUUGCGAGCCAAGGAGGUUGAAAAUGCUUAUGUUGAAGAGCUCAAGCUUAAAGCUGGUGAGAUAAAGUCUGGAGAAUUACGGAUAUAUGAGCUUGAGGGGUCUCUGGCUGAGAAAUGCAAAGCUCUGGCAACAUUGGAUUCGGCUUUUAAUAGCAUUUCAGCGACCUGUGAUACCUUGAAAAAGGAGAGUGAUGAAGCUCGAGGGUACAUCGCACAUUUGCAAGAUGAGGCCGCCUCCAGCACUGCACAACUUCAGAAGCUUCAAGAUGAAUUGGAGCUCAAGUCAUUUGAAGUGGAACUUCUUUCCUUCAUGAUGCAAUCAACUUGCUCAACUCUAAAUACUCAAUCUGGACACUUUCAAAGCUUGUCGGAAAGGUUGUCGUGGGAGCUGGAACGCAAGCAACAUCAGCUGAUCUCGCUCACAACCUCUCAUCAACAGAAUCAAGAGUUACUGUAUGAAUCCAAAUUUAAGGAAGAUCAGCUUCAGGCGGAGCUUUUGGACUUGAAAAAAGAGGUUUCGAAAAGCGAGUGUCAUAUUGCACGUGCUGCGCAAACGAUUAGUCAACUGGAUGAGACUGUGGAACACCUACAAUCAGAGCUUCAGCGCAAAGAAGAGCUUCUGCAUGGGCUUGAGUUUGACAUCAGACUCCUGCAAGAGCACGCUGCUGAAGAAACUGACUUCAAACAGGAGAUUAUCGAAGCAAACUCCAGAAUUCGUGAGCUUGAGGGAGAAGUUCAGAGGAAAUGCGAAGAGCUGAAGGAAUUGAGCUCAGCGGAAACUUUUAUGAAGGAGCAGCUUGCACUCAAAGCCGCAGCGGUGAAGCGUAUGGAGGAGGAAUUUGAGAACUUGCGAACCCCUGUUGGACUUGCGAUCAUUGAAAGUCAAGCCCUAAAAUCCAAGGUUAUGCAGUUGCAAACAGAUGUGAGUGCGAAGGAAGAAGAAUUGGCAAAUAAAGCCCAUGCCCUGAGCUCUUUGGAUAAAGAGUUGAUGCUUACCAGGGUUAUUUCAACGCGUAUGACCAUGGAAUGCAGCCACAAGUCUGAAGCACUAGAAGCACUGCAAAGUGUAAUGCAGAGAGUUUCAGCUGAAAAUGAUGGUCUGAAAGCACAGUGCUCCGUUCUGAUGGAUGAGGUGAACGCUUUACAGGGAAAGAUAACGCAACAAUCUGCAGAGAUGCAGGUUUUGCAUGGAGAGCUUCUGGUUUCUAUCAUGAUGGAAUAUUGCUUGCAGGAAAUGAAUUCAGAUAUUAGUCUCUCAUCAGGGUCUUUCGCUACAAAUAACCAAAGAAUGAAUGAUCUGGAAGCUAAGAUUGAAUCCGUGGUGAACGAGAGAGAUUCUUUGAAGGCAGAGGUUGGUCACAAAGAGGCGACAAUAGGCUUGUUGCAGAGUGAGUUGAUCAAAGUUAAAAAGGUUGCUGAUCAUUUUUCCCACGAAGCAUCUGCUUUUCAAGCUCUAAUUGUGGAGCUUCAAGGGGAGAAAGCAAGCUUCGAGGCCGAACUUUCGUGUAAGACCACUUUGAUCAUGUCUCUUGAGGCAGAAUUAGCAAAAGUUGACGUCGUUUCGACGGGAAAACUCAACGCCUUCGAAGGAUUUGGGGAGCUCAGGACCGUGAAGGAUGAAAGGAACAAGGCUCUUGAAAAAGUUCAGGAAUUGGGUAAUGAGCUAAGAGCAGUCCAGGCACUUGUGGCCUCCUACGAAGCCUCUGCUCUUGAGACUCGGAAGUUUUCUGAGGCAAUCAUUAUACGUGCAAAUGAAAAGGACGAAGAAUCCAGGGCACUUAGGGCAUCUGUUAUCUUAUUAACUGAUAAAAACUCUGCAUUAGAAUCACAGUUAGAGGCCAUGAAACUUGAAGGUGAUAAACUAACGCAGGCACGGAGUGACUUUGAGACCGAGCUCCAGGGCAUGAAAAGCCGCAUGUCAAUAUUACAAGCUGUGCAUAGCACUGGGUCACGAAAUCACAGGGGGUUUCAGACUGCAACACCAGCAAGCCCUGAUCUGAAAAGGAUGCUUGAGGAGAAAGAAGCUGAGGUGGCUCAGUCAUGCAAAAGAAUUGCUGCACUUCAGAGUGAAAAUGCGACUCAAGAAAAAAAGUUAGAAGAGCUGGGAUCUGAACUUGCACAGGCACACCAGGAGCUCAAAACAAUGAGUACCCAAUGGGAAGACAAAGAAGGACAGUUGAGCAAAUUGACCUUGUUGAACAAAGAAGCUGAAACAUUGACUCAGGACGUUAUGCAAGACCUUCACAAUGUUAAAUUAGAUAUCGGCAACUAUGCGGCUCUUGUAAGCCAGCAGCAGCUAGAGCUGAUUGCUGAGAGAUCUCAACAUGCUGAUGAAGUACGAGAGAAGGACGAAGAGCUCUCCAACUUACGAGCACAGUUGAAUCAAGAACGACAAAAUUGGAUGCAGGAAAUGAACCACAAGCAGGCAGAGAUUGUCGUUGGCCGAGCUCUGUCGGAAAAGAUGAAGCUGAAGAACAAAACCCUAAUUGCCGAUUACAAAAAACUCAAGGUUGAUUUCUCUAAGAAGAAAAAGAAACUCAAACUCUUGGAGCAAGAAAUGACGAAACUCGCGACUGACGCUCAAAAACAUUCCACAGACCUGGAGAGUGCCGCUGAUUUUGACGAAGUGCAACAGUUUCAGGCUCUUUUAGCUCAAGCCAAAGAGACGAAGAGGUUCUCCAGGGCCGAGGACAGUGAUGCUGACUUUGAUGAACUGCAACAAUUUCAAGCACUUCUAGCUCAAGCAAAUGAUCAUGAAUUUGGGCGAAGUCAGUAACAUCGGCGAACCGUCAAUAUCAAGUGAUGUAAAGUAUUGGUCCAUCCAAUACCUUUGAAGAUCCCCUAGAUACACGUCGGAGCGUACUGUCCCAGCAACAUUAUUAAUUCUUCAGGUAUGAUACAAAGAGGAGGAGAUAGGAGCUGAUAGACACCUUCACUUGUACAACACGGCACUCUUUCAUUCCGCUCAUCAAUUCAUCAGUGUCUAGCUCAUGACUCAUCUUUCGUAGAAGACCAAGAGUUAAAUUUGACUGUACUACUGUGAGUCUCAAAGAGAGACUUGAGCUUAAUUCUUGUCCACCUCACAGCCUUGAAAGCUGAACAAGUUAUACCUCAUGUACACUACUGCUUCCUGCGAAAUGUUUAUACUGUGCAAUACAAAUCUGCCUUCGAACUUUUCUUUCUUCUGCAA